UGAACGUCUGAUUGGAUUAAACAGAGACUCAAUUAGUCGACAAUUAAAUGUGAUUUGCAUUGACUGUGAACUGAAUGAGCGUUUCAUGCAUACAAUGAGUGAUACACUGAAGCCUAUUGUCGGCGUUUGUAUGGAUAUGUGUCCACCAAAUGAACUCAAAUGGCGCGAAGAGAAGGGUUUGUUACACGAGUUUGAGAUGACCGCCGACACCGAGUGGAUCCAUAUCUUCCGCGAGACCUCAUUCCGCAGUCGUGCCAAACAGACCCAGGAGUAU